UGUUGCUGUAUCAGGCUGCCCUCAGUUAUGAAACUAAUUCAGUUCAUUUCCGUGUUGUUUUAUUAAUUGAUUUCAUGUUACGUAUAAAUGAGCAACCGGUCAUAUGAGCUUCAGUACUGAAGUAGCUUGUUUGGCCAGCCUAGGGCGCCAUGUCUUGGAGACGCUCCAUACAGUGGAGGAUGCUGGUUGUACUUUAGGAAUGGCGCUGCUAACACAGCACUUCGACACUCAAUGCUAAAUUCUCAACGGUCUAUGAAAGCUCUUGAUCAUGACCACCAAAUCGUCUUUGCUGAAGGUGAUUCUGCUGGGGGAUGGUGGCGUGGGAAAGUCAUCCCUCAUGAACCGUUAUGUCUCCAACAAGUUUGAUUCACAUCUAUUCCACACAAUCGGUGUAGAGUUUCUUAACAAAGAGCUGGAGGUGGACGGUCACACGGUUACCCUACAGAUCUGGGACACAGCAGGCCAGGAGAGGUUCAGAAGUCUCCGUACGCCCUUUUACCGUGGCUCUGACUGCUGUCUGCUCACAUUUAGCGUGGAUGAUAAUCAAAGUUUCCUGAACCUCAACAACUGGACGAAAGAGUUUGCAUACUACGCAGAUGUCAGGGACCCAGAGAAAUUUCCUUUUGUUGUUCUAGGAAAUAAAGUAGAUGUGACAGAGCGUCAGGUGUCAAUGGAAGAAGCUCAAAGGUGGUGUCAAGAGAAUGGUGGAUAUCCAUACUUUGAAACAAGUGCAAAGGAUGCCACUAAUGUCUCAGCUGCUUUUGAGGAAGCAGUUAGGCGUGUGCUUGCAUCUGAAGAUCGCACAGAACAUCUGCUGCCCACAGACACUGUUGACCUUCGCAGAAAGCCGCGUUCUAACAGCUCGUGCUGUUGAUGCUUUUUAAUGAAAUGAACACAACUGUCUGAAACACUCCUUAUGUGCUAGCAAAUAAAUGCACACUCAUCAAUACUAAAUGGCAGAUGCCAGAAAUAACAUCUUGUGUGCAGUAUGCUUACUUUGGUACAGCAUUUCUGUCAUCGCAGAGCUAUAUAAUCUCGAACACUUGUCCAGCUCUAUUAGAAUUACAUGCCUUGUUUAAACUUUAAAAUAAUCUCUUUGGUCCACAUUCCUUUGUCAUCCUUUCAAAGCACUGGAUUACCUUCCUGUGUGAUUUAGGUUGUCUAAAUUAUCAAUGUUGGUAAACCAAACAGGGAUCAGUGAGAUCCUCCAGCUGACUAAUUCUAAUGCUGUUUACAGUUGAGAAAUAAACAUCAGCUAUACUCAUGAACACUAGAACAUCUUAUUAUGUGUUUUUGUCUCAUUUUUUCAAGUGUAUAUGUAAUGUACAUGCGCCGUUACUUUAAGUGCCUUUAGCACAGGUUUGUUUGUCUUAUUUAACAAUCUUGCAUCAUAAGACAUUUUGGAAUGUCUUGAAUCAUGACGUGUGAUUUUGUAGCAUAUUUGUAAAUAUAUUUUGUAUUAUCACUUUAGUUUGAAUGGGCUAACAAUUUAUUAUUGAAUAUGCCAUAAUGUAAAAACUGAAUGCUUAACUUAUACCAUUCCAAGACAUUUAGGUGUGAAUUUCCUUUUACAUGGAUCAGAUAUCUGUGCAUAAUUUCUGUCACAAAAUGAUUCUCAUUAUGAUCCUGCAACUGUUACUGAAUUAAAAGUAUUUGAUUAUA